AUGACAGUCACUACGCCCGCUGCCGGACCUCGCAUCCUACUCAUCGACUCAUACGAUUCCUUCACCUACAAUCUCGCGGCGCUUUGCAGGACAUCCAUACCUGACUGCCACGUUCAUAUCAUCAAGAAUGACGAUCUGACCAUUGACGAACUUCGUCCUUACCUUGAACAUUUCUCCGCGGUUGUCGUGGGUCCUGGGCCAGGAUCCCCAGACAAUGACAGCGACGUCGGUGUUGUCCGCGACAUAUGGAGACUUCCAGACGAUCACAUUCUUCCCGUCUUCGGUGUCUGCCUGGGUCUGCAGAGCUUUGCGAUCGAGUUCGGGGCCGAAUUGCGCAGACUGAACGUCGUCAAACAUGGACAAAUCUCCGCAAUCCAACAUCGCGGCACGGACAUCUUCUCCGGCGUCGGCGACGUUGCCGCCGUGCGUUACCACUCUCUGCACGUCUCGACUGACGGAUGCGACACCGUUGAGGCUCUGGCAUGGGCCGAUGACGGAGAGGAGAACGGGAAGGUGGUCAUGGCUGCGAAGCAUCGGACCCAGCCAUUCUGGGCUGUUCAAUACCACCCGGAAUCUGUACGCACGGAAGGUGGAGGCGCGGAUGUUCUCCGCAAUUUCUGGCAGCUCGCUGCGGCCUGGACAAACAAGCAGCGUCGUACAGUCCGCCCUUGGAAUGCCGCGGCGGAACGCACUCUAGGACCAUCAUGGCCGCCACCUCAGCUCCCUCGUCACUUAUCAACGGCCUCGGCUUCGAGAGUGACUACUGGCGUUGUCGAGGUACCCGGCGUUAUGCCCAUCAGCAUUUGCGAGAAGCUGGGUGUACAGGACGAGUCAGCAGAUUUCGUUCUACUGGACUCAGCAGCUCAACCUGGCCGUUUCUCUGUCGUGGGGUGUCUGACCGCAUCCUCUAUGAAGAUCACCCAUUACUUGGGUCGCGACCACAUCGACGUACACGAGAAUGGCGCUGCACGAUCCGAGAAUCUCGGAGCCUCCCCUGCAUGGGACUGGCUUGCAGACUUCAUGCGAACAAGGAGAGCCGAGGGUGGUAUCAGGGAAGUUCCCUUCUGGGGUGGGUUGGUCGGUUACUUGAGCUACGAGCUUGGCACCGAGACUUUGUCUCCCAGUCCGACUCAAGAAGCCUGUAACACUUCUUGUCGCAACCCUGAUGUCAAUCUGGUAUUCGUCGAGCGAAGCAUUGUCAUCGACACCGUCUCGGGGAAGGUAUACAUCCAGACACUCCUACCGGAUGACGAGGCUUGGGUGCAGGAGAUGUCACUGCUCGUCAAGGAGUGCCCUCGUUCAAACCCGGAGAGCAGGCGUACGUCCCCCGCCAAACGUCGGCGGAAGAGCACCACGACCUUGCCACCGGUGGUGACUCUGCCAGACCGCGGGCAGUACAUCUCUCGCAUCCGCGAAGCCAAGGAGUACCUCUUCUCCGGUGACUCAUACGAACUCUGUCUAACCGCCCCCACCCACAUCUCCGUCCCGAAGGCUGUCCGUGGUACUCCUGAGAAGAGCUCGUCGUGGGAGCUAUACAAGGUCCUACGCUCACGCAAUGCUGCACCACACUCGGCUUACAUCCGUCUUCACCCAUCAACACUUUUGUCAUCCUCCCCGGAGCGCUUCCUCUCCUACUCCAGACCCCCGCAUUUAACCUGCCAGCUCCGCCCCAUCAAAGGCACCGUGCGCAAGGCGCCUGGGAUAACGCGCGCCGUCGCGGAGCAGGCCCUUUCAGGCAGCGUCAAGGAGGUCGCCGAGAAUCUGAUGAUCGUCGACCUCAUCCGGCACGACCUCCACGGCGUCGUCGGCGAGGACGUGGCGGUGCAGCAAUUCUGCAAGGUCGAGGAGUACAAGACCGUCUGGCAGCUCGUGAGCGUCAUCGAGGGGAAGCUCCCCAGCAGCGAGCACGGCCCGCGGGAGAUGGACCUCGGGUGGGAGGUGUUGCGCAGGAGCCUACCGCCUGGCAGUAUGACGGGCGCGCCGAAGAAGCGUAGCGUGGAGAUCCUGCGUACGCUCGAAGAUCACCCCAGGGGCAUCUACUCUGGGGUGUUCGGGUACUGGGACGUCGGCGGUGGCGGGGAUUGGUCCGUGACGAUCCGUAGUUGCUUCAAACACGCCUCGGGCGCUGCGUGUUCUGCGGCACAGAAGGACUCCUCAACGCGGGUCGGGGCCACUACGGAGCAGUGGACGCUCGGUGCGGGCGGUGCCAUAACGGCGCUGUCGGACCCCGAGGCCGAGUGGGAGGAGAUGAUCGUGAAAGUCGAGAGCGUCAUUCGAGCGUUUGGGGAGGUCGAGUUUUCGUGA